GCGGAGUACACCUAUGAGUUGGUUGGCCAAAUCAACUACCUGUGUGGCCGUCACUCCACCGUCUCCGCCGCACGGUGCAAAGUGCGCGGCGAUCUUGGGCGCGACGUCAUCGACUACACCCUCGCGUUCAGCGGCGGAUACGAGGCGCGCUGGAUGUCGAGGUCAAGGCUCUCCCCGAGCGAGUUCGCCCUGAACCUUGGGCUAAGUUGGAGGCGCAGCUUCAGGGCUACGGCUAAGGUCACCCCCGCCAAGCGCAGCCAGACCCUCGACGGCGUCCUCUCGGAAUCGCAGAAGUGCAUCAUCAAAGCGUUGUUCGGUGGGAAGUGCAAGCUCCCCGAGGGCAGCUACAAGGAGGUGAGUGACUCCAUCGCCCAGUCGUGGUCGUCGAACCCCACGGUCGUCAAGACCCCCAACAGCUUCCUCAAGGACAACUUUGACGGCGAUCCGCCCCGUGCCAAGAAAGAGCGCAUUCAGUGUUUCUGGGAUGUACUCCAACAGUUGUACAGAGUCGAUGAUGUGAUCUUUCCAGAGGACUCAGAUUAUGAGGAUUAUUUUGCCCAGCUAGGUCAGCUCCCGUUCGUCAUUAUUGUUGGUCUGUUCCGCAGAUCCACGAUAGAGGCCCUCGCGCGGCUCAUCAACUACGAGGCGACCGAGUUGUUCCUGAGGGGGGCGCGCGGGGUCGAGCGGGCUUCCGAGAACGCGGAGCAGCGCAGCGAUUGGAAGCCUCCGAACGGUGCCAAGCAGGGUUGGAAGUCAAGAGUCAACUUCACGGUUCUGGAGGAGCUCGACUCGUCCGAGAGCGACCAAGAGGGCGCGUUUAUCGAUGGCGUGAAAAAUGAGUUGCGGGAGCGGCUGGCGCAUCGCGCAUUGCUGGCCAAGUCUCUUUACAAGCCGAACGACCACAAGAACUCCGCGACGAAGAUGGCGGUGCGAGGGAGGGCGAGCGCGGCUCUGCGGUCUCUGAGGGCGUUGGCGACUGGCCAGCACGAUCAAUUCCGAGACAUUGCAUGGGGCGGCGCAAAGGAGCGGGCAACUUGCCGCGAGCUGCCUGGGGGGAUCGCCGAGCGAGUGCUGGAGUGCCACCGCGAGGCUCACGACCUGAAGAUGCAAGCCUCCGACGCCGAGUCUGCUUUCGAGCGGCUGGCCUUGCGCGCCAAAGCUGGGGCCCGCGAGGCCACGGCUGCGUCCGACGACGACGAGUUAACGCCGCCUCGAGGGAAAGUCAUGCCUUUCGUGGGCGGCGAAGCGUCUCUGCCACCGGCAGGGGCCGAGCCAUGCGACAUCAUGCUGGUCUCUCCGAAGGCCAGGUAUGAUUUCGACAGGUUCUACAAGAAGAUGGCCCUCCCCCGAGCCAGGACGGGGACCUGGCCCGCGUGGGACGCGAGGCGCGUCAGCAAGCGCUUCAGGCCCCCGCCGCGCCUCAACCUGGGACCCCCGAUGGCGAUGUCGGAGUUCGACCUGUCCGACGAGGUGACCCAAGGCAGAGCGUUGAAGUCUACCUGGGGGGAUGUGCCAGACUUCUUCCACAGCUUCGCCCAGGUUGCCUUCGUCCACUUGGUCUUUAUGGGUGACUUUGCGUCGCUAACUCCGGUGGGCAAGGGCGCUAUCGCGAUGGUGGAGACGGUGCAAGAGUCGUCGCGUACAAAGCUGAAGGAUGUGGGUCUGGACAUGCACAAGGGCGGCGCGGGGGGCGCGAUGCACCUCUCUUUGGGCGCGACGAUCGCCGAGCGGUCUAACGACCUGACGGCCUCCAGGGAGAAGAUCCAGAACGUGAUCGGUGCCACGGGGGCCUUGUUGGCUCGGCGUCGCGCGACCUCGAACGAGUUGUCGCGAGUUGUGGGGUCCUGGGCGUGGCUGGCUAUGUGCUGUCGCUCUGGUUUCUGCGUGCUCGACGCCCGUUGCAAGCUCGUGACGGAGCGCAGCGACGACGACGCCAAGUACGAGUCGUGGGGGAGCGUGCUGAACGAACUUCACAUGCUGCACCACCGGGCGCCCUUGAUGCACGCCCAUCGGGAAGCCCGAUGGGGGGCGAUCGCGCUCGCGACGGACGCGAGCGAGCAAGGCUUGGGAGUCGUGGAGACCAACGCUUCUCGGAACGAGGUCAAGGAGGAGGUAGACAGGCAGUGGAAGGAAGUGCGGAGCGCGUGUCAGCGCGAGCUCCUCUUCGCGGACAACGCUCGGAACCCCCGUCGCGACCUGAUGGGCCCGUCCUUCGUGGAGCUGGUGUCCGAGGAGAGUGGGCCUACGAGGACCAUCUACGUGCUGGAGAUGAGGGCCGCGGCAUAUGUGGCUCGGCAUCUGUGCAGGUCGUCGCUCUGCUGGUUCAGCCGCUUCUUGGUGCUGUGCGACUCCAUGGUGACAGUUGGAGCCGUCAGAAGAUCCAAGACGAAGGCCGAGCAGAAGAAGGUGGUCCUGGACGACGAGCACCCGUUCGAGAGGCUGUUGGGCGACCAGAUGGAGAUCAUGGGCAUGCGCGACGACUGCGCCCGGGACUGGCAUCUCCUAGGCGUGCUGCUGGUCUCGACGAUCUGGUGCGACGGCUCCCCGAUCGGCUCGGCGAGCCAAGGCGCGCUGGUGGGUGACGUCGACGAGUGGCGCGACGGGGCGGCCGACGGCGGCGACGAGGGCGCGGGUUGUUCCGAUGGAGCAAGCUUGAUGAUGGGAGAUGUGGAAGCGCUGAAGUCAAGCAAGAAGGGUGCUGCCAAGAAGGGCCCGACGGCGUUCGAGACCGCCGCCGCCGAGAAGCCGAUCAACAGGAGCUCUUUUGGCACCGACAAGCUGGAGCGGCCCCUCAGGCGCCCCCCCUUCGCCGCUCUAGGCGGGCGAGAUAUCACGGUGGCGGCGGAGUUGGACAACAGAGCCUCGCAGAAUUGGGACAAGUACCGGCAGACAUGGGAAGCGCGCCCGGCUUCCAUCGAGGCCAUCUUUGUCAUCGCCCGCGAAGCUGUUCGGCGAAUCCACGCGGGCGAGGCCGCGGCCUGCCCGCUUGCUUGCGACUGCCGCCUUCCAGGGCAAGAUUGGUUGCGGCUGAGGGCCGAGGGCGUUCGCGCGAGCUGCCGAGAUCCACGCGGCCCCUGGUCGAUCACGGUCGCGAUCUUGCUGGGGCGACGGCGUAGAGGAGAGAGCGUGAAGACUAGUCUGGGGCAGGGCGUCGCCGUCGACAACCUGGGGAUCGCCGCAAUGUCGGCGAAGCUUGUGGAAGCCCCGAGCGGGCGCUCGCGUUCGAUGCCACCGCCGCCAAG